AUGGGCUCCAUCACUCAGAGCUACUCUGGCGGUCUUUCUCCCUUCGCGGACAGACUCAUUACCCGUCGUGUUGACGAGCUGGCGGCUUCUCAACCUUUCCGUACUUGGGUCUCGGUGCCUCAGUCAAACGAUAUCAGCGGCCAAUGGCGGGAAAUCACUUUCCACGAGCUUUCCCAAGCCGUCGAUGGAAUGGCAAGGUGGAUUGAGAGAACCAUUGGCGCAGGGACCGCAAGGGAGACCGUGGCAUAUCUUGGUAUCAACGAUGUGAGAUACACGGUCGUCAUUCUGGCCAUGAUCAAGGCCAACCGGAAGGCACUUCUCCCGUCGUUGCGCAACUCGGACGAUGGGCAAAUCAACUUGAUCCAGCGCACCGACUGCAAGCACUUCCUGUACUCGGAAGGCGUGGAAAAGAACCUCAAGGCGUUCCACGACCAUCCGGAGCUCUCGGGGCACCAGAUCCCAAGCUUCGACGAGAUGAUCCUCGAGGGCGCCAAGGGACCGUACCGGAACCUCAAAGUGGAGAAGCGGCCGUAUUCGCAAUCCGAGGCGGUGCUCGUCCUGCACACUUCGGGCAGUACCGGGCUGCCCAAGCCCAUCUACAUCACCAACGGCUGGCUGAACACGCUCGAUCACCAGCGGUUCAUGGAUGCGCCGCGCGGGCGGGACAACACGCUGGCCAUGUACAUGACGGCCAACAAGUCGCUGUUCACGAUGCUGCCAUUCUUCCACACCAUGGGCAUCAUCACCAUCCUCAAGUCCAUUUACUGCGGCCCGCUGAUCAUGCCGCCGCCCGGGCGCAUCCCGACGGCCGAGAUGGCCAUGGAGAUUCUGCAGCUGAAGAAGCCGUGGUCGGGGCUGUUCGCGCCGUCGGUGCUGGAAGACAUGUCGGAGACGCAGAAGGGGCUGGACGCGCUCGCGACCAUGGAGUACGUCUUCUUCGCGGGGGCGCCGCUGGCCAAGGAGGCGGGCGACCGCAUCACGCGGGUGACCAAGCUGACGUCGAUGAUCGGGUCGACCGAGGCGUGCUUCAUCCAGAGCCUGGUCAACCGCGAUCCGGCCGACUGGCAGUACUUUGAGUGGUCGGCGUACUCGGGCGUGGUCAUGGAGGACGCGGGCGAGGGCGAGGGCCUGUGCGAGUGCGUCAUCAAGCCCAUCGCCGAGCCGCGCUACCUCGGAGUCUUCUACACCUUCCCUGACAUCGCCGAGUGGCGCACCAAGGACCUGUUUGAGGCCCACCCCACCAAGCCGGGUCUCUGGCGCUACAAGGGCCGCCGCGAUGACGUGCUUGUGCUGAACAACGGCGAGAAGUUCAACCCCGUCAGCUUCGAGAAGACGGUCGAGAACCACGCGCUCGUCCGCGGCGCCCUCGUCGUCGGCCAGAGCCGCUUCCAGCCCGCCCUGCUGAUCGAGCCCGACUGGGAGAAGGUCGAGGUGCACGGCAAGCAGGACCUGGCCCUCCUCCUAGACGAAGUGUGGCCCGCCGUCGAGAAGGCCAACCACGAUGCCCCCGCCCACGCCCAGGUGUGGAAGAACAAGAUUGCCUUCACCAAGAGGGACAAGCCGUUCCUGCGCGCCGCCAAGGGCUCCAUUCAGCGCCGUGCAACUGUCGGCACGUAUGACAGCGAGAUCGACGCGCUGUACCUGAACGAGGGCCAGGGCUUCUCCGAGCAGCUGGGUGCCUUCGACAAGGACGCCGACAUCGACGCCACCAAGACCUUCCUGCGCACCGCCUUCCAGCUCGUCCUCACCAACUUCAAGAACAACCCGCAAGCCACCGACGAUGCCGACAUUUUCGACCUGGGAGCCGACUCGCUGCAGGCCAUGGCCCUGGCCAGCGCCCUCUCGUCGGCCAUCAAGUCGGCCGCCAGCCGCGACGCUUCCGUCGUGCCGCGCGACAUCUACGCCAACCCGACCGUCAGCAAGCUGGCCGCUGCCCUGCGCUCCAAGCUGUCGGCCACCGACGAUGGCCAGAAGCUGGCGCGCGAGACGGUCAUGGCCGACAUGGUCAGGAAGUACACCGAGACACUUCCCACCACCUCGUCGACCGCCGACCUGCCGCCCAUGCCCGCCCGCCACACGGUCGUGCUGACGGGCUCGACGGGCGCCCUGGGCAACUUCAUCCUGCAGGAGCUGAUCGAGUCGCCCGAGGUCGAGCACAUCUACUGCCUCAACCGCUCCGACCCAGCCACGGCCGCCUCGCGCCAGGCACAGUCAUUCGCCGAGCGCGGCGAGACGGCCGACUUCUCGAAGGUCACCUUCCUCAAGACCGACUUCAGCCAGCCGCUCUUCGCCCUGUCCCAGCCCGACUACGAUCAAAUGGCCGCCGCCGCCACGCUCUUCAUCCACAACGCCUGGGCCGUCGACUUCAACCACGCCCUCGAAUCCUACGAGCCAACCCACGUCUCGGGCGUGCGCCGCGUCGUCGACUUCUCGCUCGCCUCCACCCACCGCGCCCACAUCGCCUUCAUCUCCUCUGUCGCCUCCGUCGGCAACCACCCGCAGCUCCACCCAUCCGCCGGCCCCGUCCCCGAAGCUUUCUUCGACGACGACCGCGUGCCACUGCCGCAGGGCUACGGCGAGAGCAAGCACGUGUCCGGCCGCAUUUUAGCGGUUGCCGCCUCCCGCGCCGGCGUCCCCGCCAGCAUCGUGCGCUGCGGCCAACUCGGCGGGCCCCGUGGCCGCCUCGGCGUGUGGAACCGCCACGAGUGGCUGCCCAGCCUCGUGCGCACCAGCGUCAACAUGGGGCUCGUCCCCGCCCACCUCGGCAACUCGGACCUCGUCGACUGGGUGCCCAUGGACGCCGCCGGCCGCACCGUCGUCGAGGUCUCGCUCGCGAAGGCGCGGCGGCACGCGGCUAUCGUCAGCGGCAGCGAAGAGCGUCUCGACGUUUUUCACGUGCAGAACCCGCGGGCUGCGCGCUGGGAACACCUCGUGCCUGUCAUUCGCGAGUGGUAUGGCAGACGGGGCCGGGAGGUGCGGGCGGUGGAGUUUGACGAGUGGCUCGACGCGCUGCGCCGCGUGCCCCUGACCGACGCCGACGAGGUCGCCAAGAAGCCCGGUGUCAAGCUGAUUGACUUUUACGAGGGGCUGAAGAUGGAGGGCGGUGCGCUGCCGCCGAUGGAGACGCGGCACACGCAGGAGCUGAGCCCGUGCUUGCGCGAGCUCAAGGCUGUUGAUGGCAGGUUGUUUGAGAAUUGGAUGGAGCAGUGGGGAUUCUGA